AUGUCUGUUGUUGGUGUAGACUUCGGUACUCUUAACACAGUCAUCGCUGUCGCAAGAAAUCGUGGUGUUGAUGUCAUCACAAAUGAAGUUUCAAAUCGUGCCACUCCUUCCCUUGUAGGAUUCGGACCCAAAUCCAGAUACCUUGGUGAGCCAGCGAAGACACAAGAAAUCUCCAACCUCAAGAACACCGUUGGGUCUCUCAAGAGAUUAGCAGGCAGAUCGUUGAAGGACCCAGAUGUUGCUUUAGAACAAGACUAUGUCUCGGCUCCUCUUGUCGAUCUCAACGGCCAAGUUGGUGCGGAGGUCACAUAUUUGGGCAAGAAGGAAAGAUACACGGCUACUCAACUUGUGGCUAUGUACUUGAGCAAAAUCAAACACACAGCCUCCGUGGAGUUGAAACUUCCAGUUUCAGAUAUGGUCAUGAGCGUACCAGCUUGGUUCACUGAUGUUCAGCGAAGAAGUUUGAUGGAUGCUGCUGAGAUUGCCGGUGUCAAGCUUCUUCGUCUGAUGAACGAUACCACAGCCGCUGCUUUGGGUUACGGUAUCACCAAGUUGGAUCUCCCAGGUCCAGAGGAGAAGCCCCGUCGCGUGGCUUUCAUCGAUAUCGGUCACAGCAACUACACUGCCUCAAUUGUGGAAUUCCGAAAGGGUGAACUCACCGUCAAGUCGACCGCUUACGAUAGACAUUUCGGUGGACGAGACUUCGACAAGGCUUUGGUUGAGCAUUUCGCCACAGAAUUCAAGGAGAAGUACAAGAUUGAUAUCAAGAGUAACCCUAAGGCUAUGGUCCGUGUCGCUGCUGGUGCCGAGAAGUUAAAGAAGAUCUUGUCUGCCAACGCCAUGGCACCUCUUAACAUCGAAUCUUUAAUGAACGAUGUUGAUGUUAGCGCCAUGUUGAAGCGUGAAGAGCUCGAGGCACUUGUUGAGCCACUUCUUAGCCGAGUCCACGUUCCUUUGGAGCAAGCUUUGGCCGAUGCCGGGUUGAAGGUUGAAGAUAUCGAUAUUAUUGAACUUGUCGGUGGUUGCACACGUGUCCCAGCCCUCAAAGAGCGCAUUCAAAAGUUCUUCGGCAAGAACCUCUCUUUCACCCUCAACCAAGAUGAGGCUAUUGCGAGAGGAUGUGCUUUCAGCUGCGCCAUUCUCUCCCCUGUUUUCCGUGUCCGCGAUUUCGCCAUUCACGAUAUCGUUAACUACCCAAUUGAGUUCACAUGGGAAAAAUCUCCAGAUAUUCCGGAUGAGGAUACUAGCCUCACUGUUUUCAACAAAGGUGGAAUUAUGCCUUCAACCAAGAUACUUACAUUCUACCGAAAGGAACCAUUUACUCUGGAAGCCAAGUAUGCCAAGCCAGAAUUAUUGCCUGGCACAAUGAACCCAUGGAUUGGAAGAUUUACCGUCAAAAACGUCAAGGCUGACUCAAAGGAUGACUUCAUGAUCUGUAAAUUGAAGGCUCGUCUUAAUUUACAUGGUAUCUUGAACGUUGAGCAAGGAUACUACGUUGAGGAUAUGGAGGUUGAGGAGCCAAUCCCCGAGAAGGAUGGAGAGAAGAAGGAUGAUGCUAUGGAUACCGAUGAUAAACCAAAGACCAGAAAGGUUAAGAAGCAAGUCCGAAAGGGUGAUCUUCCAAUUGUCUCCGGUACCGCUUCUCUGGACACCGCUGCCAUUGCCACUGCUUCCGAACAAGAAAACACCAUGAACAUGGAAGACAAAUUGGUCGCCGAUACUGAAGAGAAGAAGAAUGAACUCGAGACUUACAUCUACGAAAUGAGAAAUAAGAUUGAUGAUCAAUAUGCCGAGUUUGCAAGUGACGAGGAGAAGGAGAAGUUAAAGGCUAAGCUUGAGGCUGCCGAGGAUUGGCUCUAUGAUGAAGGUGAAGAGGCAACAAAGGCUGUCUACGUAGCAAAGAUGGAUGAAAUCAGCAUGGUAGCAGGACCAAUUGCUCAACGCUACUUUGACAAGGUUGAGGCUGAGCGUGAGGAGGUCAGGAAACAAGAAGAGGCUGAGUUGCAAAGGAAGAGGGAGAUGGCCGAAGCCGCUAAACAAGCAGCGAUGGCCAUGGAAGCAGCAGAGAAUGGAGGAAAUAAUGAUGAAAUCAUGACGGAUGCUGAAAAGCCUGAGGCCGAGGUUGAGGAGAAGUGA